UGAGGCUGUAGGUGAAAUUAUCCGGCUCGUCUUGACAGUUGUUGCGACAAAAACACUGGCGUCUUCAAGUAACUAGAAUGGAACGGUCGAAUUAGACCCCGGAAGGGAUCUUCAACAGAGGCCUCUGCAGGAAUGGAGAACGGAGGCUCAAUGAACUUGCUAGACUACAGGGAGGCAUCGUGGGAGAAUGCCGAGAAGAACCGGUACAUAUUGUGCCGUUUCAUCAACCCCAACAAGCUGACCUCAUAUCUGCGCCAAUGCAAGGUCAUCGACGAACAAGACGAAGACGAGGUGCUCAACUCUCGCCUGCUGGAGUCCAAAGUCAACCGUGCAGGUCGGUUGUUGGAUAUCCUGCACACGAAGGGAGAGCGAGGCUAUGUGGUUUUUCUAGAGAGUCUAGAGUUGUACUACCCGGACCUCUACAAACUCGUCACGGGGAAGGAGCCUACACGCAGAUGUUCCACUAUAGUCGUGGAGGAGGGCCAGGAAGGGCUAAUCCAGUUUUUAAUGAACGAAGUCAUAAAGCUUCAGCAGCAGUCCAGGGCUAAAGAUGUGCAGCGGGUGGACGUUAUGACCAAAUGCCGCACGCUAGAAGAUGAGCACAAGAAGCUUCGACUGGCCAACCAGGAGCUGCAGACUUUCCAGGAGCGCUACAAUAAGAUGAAAGAAGAGCGUAAUAACUAUAACGAUGAACUUAUGAAGGUGAAGGAUGACAACUAUCAGCUGGCUAUGCGAUAUGCCCAGCUCAGCGAGGAGAAGAAUAUGGCUGUGAUGAGGAGCCGAGACCUUCAGCUAGAGAUUGACCAACUAAAGCACAAGUUGAACAAGGUGGAGGAGGAGUGCAAAAUGGAGAGGAGGCAAUCUCUGAAAUUGAAGAAUGACAUUGAGAACCGACCUCGGAAAGAGCAGAUAUUUGAGCUGGAGCGAGAGAAUGAAGUCUUGAAGAUCAAACUCCAGGAGUUGCAGUCCAUCAUACAGCCCGGGCCUCUACCUGAUUCAGACAAGGCCAUCUUGGAUAUCCUGGAGCAUGACCGACAGGAGGCUCUGGAGGAUCGUCAGGAGCUAGUCAACAGACUCUAUAACCUGCAUGAAGAGGUCCGACAGGCUGAGGAUCUCCGGGACAAGGUUAGGACCAGCCUUAUCAAUCGACCAAAAUCUCCAGCUGCUGGACCCAAAAGUCCUCUAUUCCAAGCCAUGCCUUUCACCAAUGGAGAUCUGUUAGAACCUGCUGCCACUGACAACACCGGUCUUAACAGUGCCAGUGCAUUGAUUUCUCUCGGAGAGAUCUGCUGUAAAAAUCUGCGGUGCCGUAAUGACAGUAUCUUGUCCACCGUGCCAGAGCCUCCAGACCAGAACUCCAUUGUCAGGAGAAUCAAGGAAAACACAAACUCUCAAUACAAAUGUAUUCUCCCUUCAGACACUGCAGAUACUGACAGUGGAGACAAUGCUGACAUGGAUGACCAUGACUUAGACAUUUCCUCCUACGGGCCUUCAUCCAUCCAUUCAUCUUCAUCUUCCCACCAGUCUGAGUCAAUGGACUCGUAUGAUCUGGAGCAAGUCAAUAACAUCUUCAGGAAAUUCUCUUUGGAGAGACCGUUUCGUCCUUCGUUGACCUCAGGCCCUCCGCAAAACCCAUUGCGGCCAGUUCAGAGCCUUUUACUCUCUGGAGAAAACCUUCUGUCAGACGUCUCUCUGAUUGGUGGAAAUGAUAGUGGCAUCUUCGUGUCCUCUGUCCAGUCUGGUUCUGAAACAGAACAGGCCGGAGUUAAAGUCGGACAUCAUCUUCUAAUGUUGGAAGGCAAUGUUCGUGGAGAAGCUCAUAGUGUGGCUUUGGACGCCUGCACCAAAGAGGAAGCUCACUGGACCCUGCAGAGAUGCACCGGACAAGUGCAUCUCCAUUACAAGUCCAACUAUGAUGUCAACACUCUACAACCUGAGGAGCCCACACCAUCUCAAGAUCCCAAGUCUAGUCCACGUCUGUCCAGAGCCAGUGUCUUCAUCGUUCAGUUAUUACAGUUUGUCAGCAGGGUGGAUAACAAGUACAAGAGGAUGAACAGCAGUGAGCGUGUCCGCAUUGUCAAUGGAGGAAAUCCAUCAUCAGUUUCCAGACCAGGUUUUGAAACACUAAGGCCUGAGGAUGCAUCUGACCCAGAGAGCGACUUAAACAAGAGCUUGAAUCUGAUCCCAUACAGUCUAGUGACCCCACAGCAAUGCCAGCGCAAAAGACCCGUCCUCUUCACCCCCAACAUCCUAGCCAAGACCAUCGUCCAGAAGUUCCUUAAUCUUGGAGGUGCUAUGGAGUUCAAUAUAUGCAAACCAGACAUUGUGACAAAAGACGAAUUCCUCAUGAAACAGAAGAUAGAGCCCAUCAUUUAUUUCAAAGAAAAGCAGGCCUGCACAUAUGAAUGCAUCACCCCAGAAAACAUUGAAGCGGUUGCCUUCAAGAAUAAGCACUGUCUUCUGGAAGCUGAUCUGAGCUGUGUGAAAGACUUGUUGAGGAGAGAGAUCUAUCCCAUCGUGAUCUUCAUCAAAAUCUGUGAUAGGAACAUCAAAAGAUUAAGAAGGCUCCCUCUAAAGGUGGACUCUGAGGAAGAGUUCUUGAAGAUGUGUCGCUCCAGGGAGAAGGAGCUGGAGACGCUGCCGUGCUUGUAUGCGGGUGUGGAGCCUGACUCUUGGGGUGGGGUGGAGGAUCUCGUCAGGAUCAUCAAGGACAAGAUUUUUGAGGAGCAGAAGAAGACCGUCUGGGUGGAGCAGGACCUGCUGUGACCUGAUCACGGGAGUAAUGGCUUAUGGCGCACCAAAACUCUGUUUCCAGCUAGGGUGGAAUGUAUGCAUGCAGCACAGGCGUGUGAACAGGAAGUGACUCUGUCAAAGGCGUCAAAGGUGAGGUGUGUUUUUCUCUGCUGUCAAAAAAAAAAAAAUGCAAACACGUGGAUGGGGAAUGGUACCAUGUGAUGCUCCUGAGGUUCACAUGGUAAGCAGUGGAAAUGUUCUCAUCCCAGAGCUUCUUAUCUAUUAUUCUUCUGAAGCGGAGCUGUUGUCAAUAAAAUAUUAUCCUUCCCAGCAUCCACCUGUAAUGUUCAGUAUAGCGUGGACCACUGAAUUUUGCUUCAGUUGAUUUGUGUAUAACUGUAAAUUGAAUCUGAUACCACCAUUAUUGCAAUAUACAGUAUGUACUUUUAUCUUUAUAGGCAAAUGACAUGAAUUAAUAUUUGUGACUUCUAUAUUUAUUUUAAUACAAGCCCACAUUUGUAAUGUGUUUGUAAAGGUUAGUCUUUGUGCAGAUAACACACAUGUGGCUUAAUUCUGUGCCCAUUUCAGCUGCUACAAAUACUUGCCAGGGUUUUACUGUAUCUCUAGUUCAUACUGUAUUUCAAUGGCAUUAUCUAUAUUUACAUGUCAGGCUACUGACUGUAAUUUGCAACUUUUUUAAUUUUUAUGCUGGCAUUAUUUUGGAGCCUGUUUAAGCUGUCAUUGAUUAAUGUCCUGAAGUGGGCUCUUAUCUUCUCUAUCUAUCUCUAGAUGUUAUCACAGUGAGAGCUGUUUCUGGUGUUUACUUAAUGUUCCAUUCUUUAAAGAUGAAUUACUGCUUGCCAUUUAGAAAUAUCAUGAUUUAUGGGUAUCUCACAAAUAAUACGAACAUUUUUUAAAUACAUUACAUUUAAGGUUAAAUGAAUGGGAAUGUAUAAGGGAAUUUUUUUUUAGGCUUUUAAAAAAUAUAUAUAUAUAUAUUCAUGGGGUCUGUGUUGUUACAAAUUUAAUGUGUGUAUAUAACGAAAAGGGGGUUUUAAGCAUCAUUUAAGCUUCUUUUUCCCCCCAAACAUUAUAAUGUGUUCUGUUGAACUUUUUCUUCUGAGCAAAAAUAAUGACUAUCAUACAUUUUUACCAUGAUUUACUCAAAUGUACCAAAAAAUCUUG